CUGACUCCCACUCGCCAGCGCAUGCUGGCCCGCCGCAUUCGUGUUCCCCGCAUCUCGAGUCUCCUGAGCUCGCGCUUUAGCGUUCCCCGCGUUCAUACCCUCUCUCGCACACUCAUCAGCACCUCAUUGACAAUGGCCGCCACCGACCGAUCGCAGCUGAUCCCGUUCUCCUCGCGCCUGAAGGAGGGGCGGGCGCUCGCUGAGGAUGUGUGGUCUAUCUUCAACGCUGCAAACCUCCCCGCGGACUGCAUCAACCUCGGGCAGGGCUACAUGAACUUCGCGCCGCCCGAGUGGGUGACCGAGCAGGCGGAGAAGGCGCUGCACACCGUCGCGGCGAACCACUACUCGCAUCCCAAGGGGCGCAUCAGGCUGCGGCAGGCAAUCAAGGAUGUCUAUAGCCCGCUGUUCAACCGCGAGCUGGACGUGGAGCAGAACAUCCUUGUUACUAGCGGUGCCAAUGAGGGCCAGUACUCCGUCUUCACCGCGUUCCUCGAGCAGGGGGACGAGGUGAUCAUGUUCGAGCCCUUCUUCGAUCAGUACCUCCCCUCCGUCACCUUCAACGGCGGCAAGCCCGUCUACGUGCCCCUCCACCCGCCAUCUCACGACAAGGCGAACGCGACGAGCGGUGACUGGACUAUCGACCUUGCCGAGCUUCGCGCGGCAGUAACGCCGAAGACGAAGAUGAUCAUCCUCAACACACCACACAACCCGGUCGGCAAGGUCUUCACGAAGGAGGAACUGGAGGGUAUCGCAGCUGUGGCGGAGGAGAACAACCUGUUGGUCAUGUCGGAUGAAGUGUACGAGAACCUCGUCUUCGAUGGCAAGCAGCACUUCAGGAUCGCGAACCUUCCCGGCAUGUGGGACCGCACUGUCACAGUGUGCUCAGCAGGAAAGACGUUCGCGGCAACUGGUUGGCGCGUUGGCUACCUCAUCGGCCCACAGUCUAUACUGAAGCCCACGCUCGCUGCUACCACGCGCAUCGUCUUUUGCUCGAACUCGCCGAUGCAAGAAGCCGUCGCAGGCGGCCUGGAGCUCGCGCCCAAGUAUGACUUCUACGCGACACAGCUUCGCGAGUACACCGCGAGGAGAAACAUCCUGGUGAAGGCGUUCGAUGACCUAGGGUUGAAGUACUCCCUGCCGGAGGGCAGCUACUUCAUUCUGCUAGACAUCUCUGACGUUGACUUCCCUGAGGACUACGCCUUCCCGGAGAGCGUGAAGGGCCGCGGACGUGACUUCCGCGCGUGCUGGUUCAUCGCGCUGGAGAUUGGCGUGUCGACGAUCCCUGUCAGCGAGUUCUACUGCGAGGAGCACGCUAACAUCGGCGAGGCCUUUGCACGGUUUGCUUUCUGCAAGGAUGAGGACACGUUGAGAGCGGCGGCGGAGCGCUUGCAGGGCUUAAAGAAGUACAUCAAGAAGCCAUAGAGUGUACUCGACUUAGCCAAAAUGUAUUCUUGAGAUUUAUACGCCGCUGUUUGUCAGUGA